CCGCCGGCCGCCCUGCGUACGCCCGCAAGGCGUUCGCAGACUCCGGCGUCGCCAACAUGUCGACCGCCAUGAAUUUCGGGACCAAGAGCUUCCAGCCGCGGCCCCCGGACAAGGGCAGCUUCCCGCUGGAUCACUUAGGUGAAUGUAAAAGCUUUAAAGAGAAAUUCAUGAAGUGUCUUCAUAACAAUAAUUUUGAAAAUGCUUUGUGCAGAAAUGAAUCAAAAGAAUAUUUAGAAUGCAGGAUGGAGAGAAAAUUGAUGCUACAAGAACCAUUGGAGAAACUGGGAUUUGGAGACUUGAUUGGUGGAAAAUCAGAGGCAAAAAAAUGAAUUUUGAUGAGAAGACCCCUGGGCCGUGUUCAGUGGUCUCUCGGGACGGAGGGCAUCAUCCUGCCUCUUAGGUCGGCGAAGGCCUGCGUGUGGUGUCCUUAGAAAUGGGCUUCAAAUAGAGGCUCCAGCCCUGUGGGGGCGUCUCCUGGGUAGGGAGUGGUGUCCCGUUUUCCCUUAGGAGGGUGUUUCUGCAUUGAACCCCUGAGUGGGACGGCGUUCCCGGCAAGGCUGGGAGGGAGGCGAGCGUGGGGCCUUUCUGAGUUCAAACAGGUAAAUGCAUAAAUUUCAAUCCCUUCUGAACACAGAUAUCAUCAGAAAAUGACCAUUCCCUAGCAGGAUGUUUUCGUGUUUGUAUUCGUAUAUGCCAGUUCAUUUCCCUUAAAAAAAAAAAAAAAGUGGAACACAAAGUAGGAAGUGAGAACCUUCUGGCUUUGAAUGGAUUUGACUUCUUGAUUCUUUCUGGUGUUGCCUGAACACCAAGUUGCUUCAUAAUCAAAGGGUCAUUUUCUGGUUUGUAUCAGACCGUAUUUAUAAAGUUGGGUAUUUAAUUUCAGUAACUCCUAUACUUUAACAGAAAAAGAGAACCUGAGUCCAUUUGCAGUUAGGCUCGCACCGGCUGUCUUCUGUGCCAGCCAGCUCUGCCCGAGACCCCGGCACAUGUUCGCAGCACGGCCUGGCAGAGGCCCCUGAGCGGAGUUCUCAGCCCAUCUGUGCCAGCCAACUCUGCCCGAGACCCCGGCACAUGUUCGCAGCACGGCCUGGCAGGGGCCCCUGAGUGGAGUUCUCAGCCCAUCUGUGCCAGCCAGCUCUGCCCGAGACUCCAGCACAUGUUCACAGCAAGGCCUGGCGGGGGCCCCUGAGCGGAGUUCUCAGCCCGUCUGCGCCAAAGUUGCCUGUGGGUCAUGGAAACCCGGCCCGUGUCCACCCAGUGCGUCAGGCCAGCCGGGGCCCAAACCUGUGGGUGGAACUCAGGUGCCUGCACAUCUGGGGCCUCAGCCAGACCUGUCCCCUUCCCAGGCACUGUCGGAAAGGGGCUAGCUCCUGUCUGGUCAGUGGAGGACGGUGGCAGGAGAUGGGGUGGGGGGAUCCAGGUCACGUCCUCUCUGGCGACCUGGCAGUGGCUGUCUCCAAGCCCUGGCAGGUGGGGCCACCAACCUGGCUGACCUCAGGCUCCGGGAAACAGGCUACCCUCGCCCCUCUGCCUGUGGGUGGCUGAGGCUUCUCAGCCCAUGUCCAGUUCUCUGCAGCAAAGGCCGUCUGUUUCUGUCCUACAUGGGUGGCCCUUUGGUGGUUAAACAUGUCCCUCCCCUCCCCACAGAACUGAGUACCUGUUGCGGCUGGGCCCGCCCAACCCUGUGUCCCUGCACCCAUGGGUUCUACCACUUGAUUCGGCUGCAGCUGUCACUGUCCCGUGUCUGCUGUCAGGCCUCUGAGCGCUGCAGACGUAUUAACAUAUCACCGCUAGUUUAUGGAAAGUCUUGUUUCUUAUUAGAAUAUUUUGUGUAGGCACAGGGUUGCCCCAGCACUGUUUCUAGCAACCCCAGUGUCCUCACAGUGCACGUGAGCCGUGACGCAGCCACCGUGGGGUCCGUGCUGACGCGGUGUGGCCACGUGCCAUGAGCUCGCCAGCUCGCUGCGGCUGUAUGGCCUGAGCUUACUGUGAAGUGGAGACAGGCAGGGACACAGGAAACUACAAACAGGAAAUCCAGAAGUAGGAGCUGGAGCUGAUGGGCAUAGCCGGCCGCCAGCCCCUCCGAGCACCCCUGGGGGUGGAGUUCUGGCUGUCGUGGCAGAGGGUUUCACGUGCUCAAAAAGUAGACGAACCAGGAUGUGAGGGGAACACAAUAGACCAUGCCGACGGAGCUCCCGGACCCGGGCCGGCACCUCUUCCCACCCGCCGUCGGGAGCGCUCGAGCCUGGGUCGGGCCUGCCUCUUCGCUCGCACCGCACUCUGACCUGCUGAUGGGUGCGCCCAGGCUGGGGCCUUCCUCUUCGCACUGGAGUCUGACCCAUCAGGAGUGUGGGGAAGACCAUUGACCAAAAGUGGGAAAGAUACUGUACUCUAGGUAGUAAAUUUGUUUUUUGCGUGGAUGAUUCUGAAGUUGUAUUCUGAGAUGGAAAAAACUAGAAAUACAUUGUGGAUGAUGAGAGCCAGGUGUAUUGAGCUCCUGCUUUUCUAACAUACAAAGGUAACUGGAUAGAGAAAUAGAGUGAUCGCCUUCACCUGGCCAGGGUGUGCUCCGAGACCCCAGCGGGUGCCUGAAGCCACGGAUAGUCCCGAAUCCUGUCCAGGCUGUGUUUUUUCCUGUACGUACCUGUGAUCAAGUCUGAGGUGUGACAGCAAAACUGACAGAACUUUGUGCUUCCCUCUUCAAAAUGUCACAGAUGGGCGCUGUGUUCUUACCGGAGAUCUUAGCAACCUCGGCAUCUGGCUGUUUUUCUUAUAGGUCAGGAGUUUCCACCUUUUCCCUUAAAGGAAGCGCUUGGCAACUUCUCUGGUGUGUCUGAGUCGCCAGCAUCACCACUGUCGUGUUUUGGGGCCAUUCUUAAGUAAAAUAAAAGCUUCUUGGACCCAAGCGCCACAUCACUGCGACGGUCGGUCUGAUCGGUCUGAUCACUGAGAUGGCUGCUGAGUGCCUGGCGCGCAGGGUGGCGUGGACAGCCCGAAACACUGGACAGAGGGAGGGUUGAUGUCCCGGCAGGACGGCUGCUCAGAACAGUACAGAAUCAACAACUCAUAAAUGGUUUAUUUCUGGAAUUUUCCACUUAGUAUUUUUGGACUGUGGCUCACCAUGAGUAACUGAAACUGUGUGUAAGGGGGACUGUUGUGAGGGGCUGUGCACAAAUGCUUCCCAGCUCUGCCCUGAGGGCCUGGAAGCAGUAACCCCCGCACUCAGGGUCUUGGCCCUGAUACCAUUCUCUAAGGAACCAGGGCCAGGCCGGAGAAGGUAUCAGAUGAGCUAGAGAGUGAAGAAUUGCUGAGAUGAGGGGACUUGUUGAAAUAACACGGGGGGAUGGGAAGGAGCACACGGUGGCCAACCUGGGGCAGUGUGAGCGUGAGAAUAAACAGGCUGGGUGCGGCAGCUCACGCCUGCAAUUCCAGCACGCUGGGAGUCCGAGGUGGGAGGAUCACUUGAGGCCAGGAGUUCAAGACCAGCCUGGGCAACAUGGUGAAACUCUGUCUACAAAACAAGAAAAAUCAGCCGUGUGUGGUGUCACCUGCCUGUAGUCCCAGAUACUCAGGAGGCUGAGGCAGGAGGAUCACGUGAGCCAGAGGUUAAGUCUGCAGUGAGCUGUGAUUAUACCACUGCUCUCCAGCCUGGGCAACAGAGCAGGACCCUGUCUCACAAAAAAAAAAAAAAAAAAGGAAACAAAAUUAAUUAUUGUAACGGGCUGUAGCCCACAGAAUAAAUUGAUAUCCAGUAGUCUAUACAACAUAAGUAAUUGGGUAAACAUGUCAGUGGGGGGAGGGCCAGGUCUGUCUUAUUAAUUCUAAUAUAGAAGAAAUUUUGGGAACAGGAAAUCGCUGUUGCAGAAACCACACUGGUGACAGGUGCGGAUUACAACCCUCAGUGGGCCGGGUGCGGUGGCUCACGCCUAUAAUCCCAGCACUUUGGGAGGCCGAGGCAGGCAGAUCACUUGAGGCCAGGAGUUCAAGACCAGCCUGGCCAACAUGGAGAAACCCUGUCUCUACUAAAAAUACAAAAAUUAGCCGGGGCUGGUGGCGCGUGUCUGUAAUCCCAGCUAUUCGGGAGGCCGAGGUAGGAGAACCACUUAAACCAGGAGGCGGAGGUUGCAGUGAGCCGGGAUCGUGCCUCCACACUCCAGCCUGGGCGACAGAACCGUCUCAAAAAAACCCUCAGUUGCCAUGAAGUGAGUGGUGACGUGUGGUGCGAAGCAGGUGUCUGCUGAGUCUUGAGAAACCUCCCCUUGAGAUGCGCAGUGACCUCCGAGGAGACAGUGGCCACAUCACAGCAGAACGGCAGAGGCCCCCUUAACCCAGCAGUCACCGCCGGGAGCAAGCCGCACAGGCAGCACCGACCGACCUGGGGGCGUCCCUGAGGGCCCGGUGUCACCUCUGGUUCUCUUGCCCAACUGCAUGACCUGAAUGUAAUCCCAAAGGGACAUCAGACACAGACCCAAACCGAGGGGCCUUCUGCGAAGUGACUGGCAGCGCUGGCCCAGUGUUAUGUAAGAUGUUAUUUGGGGAACUGGGUAUACACACUGUCCUAUUUUUGGAACUUUUUGGAAGUCUGAAAUUAUUUUGAAAUGAAAAAAAUAUGCUUUGUAUGAAA